AUGCGAGCCUCUGGAAUUUUGGCUGUUCUUUCUCUCGCCGUGUCGAGCUGCGUCGCAGAGACAGAUGCCCCCGUCGUUACCGGUAAUCCUCAAAGCGUCGAAUACAAGGCCACUCUGCCCAAAAGGCCCUUCUUCGCCGGCGCUGAUCUCGCGGGCAACGUCAAGGGCUCUGUUUCCGCCGUGGCUGCUCCUGGCGGCAAGGGCGUCAGGUUCCGCGUCCAAUUCGAAAACUUCCCCGAAAGCGGUGGCCCCUUUAUGUAUCACAUCCACGAAGAGCCGGCUACCAACGGCAACUGUACGACGACCCUGGCUCACCUGGACCCGUAUCAUCGUGGCGAGACGCCCGCUUGCGAUGCUUCCAAGCCCGAGACUUGCCAGGUUGGUGAUCUGAGUGGCAAGUACGGCAAGAUCACCUCGGAUCCGUUCGUGGCCGAGUACUUUGACCUCUACACCUCUCUCCAUCCCGACAACCCGGCCUUCUUUGGCAAUCGGUCGAUCGUCGUCCAUUAUGCGAACAAGACGCGGCUGACGUGCGCCAACUUUGCCAAGCUGCCGGUGUCGAGUGCUGCCACAAAGUCGCAUACCACCACCAGUGCUCAUCAUUCGAUCCAUGGCCCCGUUGCUACCGGUUCUCCUCAUAGUGUCACUGGCGCUCAGAACACCACAAGUUAUCACAUUCCCACGGGCUCCCAUUACACCACCGGUCCUCACCACACCACGAGUGUCUCUCCUACAGGCGCUGCCACUCUGACCGGCGUCGUCACCAUCACUUCGACCAGCUAUGCUACCGUCCCUCCUGAAAUCACUGCAAGUGCCACGUCAUCCAUUGCGCCUUUCCCAGGAGCUGCCUCGGGGAACAGAGUGUCCGUCUUCUGUUUGCUGAGUGGCGUUGCUGCCGUCAUGUUCUUCUCCCUGUGA